AUGAUCAAGGAUACAAUUAAGCAGGUAAGGGAGAUUCAAGCUAAGAUUCAAGCAGCGCAAGAUCUCCAAAAGAGCUACGCGGACUUGAAACGUAGAGUGGAGGAAUUUGAGGUCGGUGACAAAGUAUUGUUAAAGGUGUCACCAACGAAAGGUGUAAUGAGAUUUGGAAUGAAAGGAAAGCUGAGCCCAAAGUAUAUUGGUGCAUAUGAAAUAUUGCAAAGGAUAGGCAAUGUAGGUUAUAGGUUGGCCUUACCUAUGCAGCUAAGCAAAGUGCAUGAUGUAUUUCAUGUAUCUCAGUUAAGAAGUAAAGUGCGUAGUACACGCAAUAAGGAAGUUAAGAUUGUUAAAGUGCUGUGGUAUAACCAAGAGUAUGAGGAAGCAACUUGGGAAGCUGAGGAUGAGGUGAAAGAGAAAUAUCUCGAGUUUUUUAAGUAUUUAAAUGAGUUAAAAUGA